AUCCGGCCUCGCGCCCUCCCUGCCUCAGCGCCGCCUCCGCCUCGCUGCGGCCUAGCCCCAGAAGAGGCCGCCAGGGGAAGCAGGAGCGCGACGGGCUGCUAGGCCUCGCAAGAGGGCGCCGAGCGUGUGGUGGGCCCAGGGCGGGAAGCCCGGCCGAGCCAGGUAUUCAGCCAAACAGAAUCCAAUUUGGCAGCGUGCAAGUGCAACCUGCUGAAGCACUGGAAGAACAUGCAAUGGAAGUUUUCAGCUGGAGAGCAGAAAGCCAAUGGGUGGCCUCGGGGUGCUGUGGGUACGAGUGUUGCUGAAUAAUCACAGGUUGACAACGACAUGACAGAGUAGAAGAUCAGCCUUACAUCUUAUACCAGUGAAACCAGAUCACAGGAAACAAUUGAAAGCACUAUUAAUCCUAUGGUUGGCCUAGUAGAAGACAACUGGCGAGGAUCUGUUUUUAAUCAACGGCACAAAAUUGUGAUCACCCCAAUGUCACCGAAUGGCCACAGCUUGUAAGAGAUCACCAGGAGAACCUCACUCUGAAACCAUUGAAGCUAGCCGAAUGAAGCGAGCAGCUGCAAAGCAUCUAAUAGAACGCUACUACCAUCAGUUAACUGAGGGCUGUGGAAAUGAAGCCUGCACAAAUGAAUUUUGUGCUUCCUGUCCAACUUUUCUUCGUAUGGAUAACAAUGCAGCAGCCAUUAAAGCCCUCGAGCUUUAUAAGAUUAAUGCAAAACUCUGUGAUCCUCAUCCCUCCAAGAAAGGAACAAGCUCAGCUUAUCUAGAAAACAAUUCCAAAGGUGCCCAUAACAACUCUUGCACUGACAGAAAAAUGAACAAGAAGGAAAUCCAAGGCCCAAGAGAUGAUUUUAAAGGUUUUUCUGGUUUUGUCUCUGAAUUUCUAGAUGUGACUUUCUUAACAGAAGAAAAAGUAUAUGAAAUUCUUGAACUAUGUAGGGAAAAAGAGGACUAUUCUCCUUUAAUCCGUGUCAUUGGCAGAGUAUUUUCUAGCGCUGAAGCAUUGGUACAGAGUUUUCGAAAAGCCAAGCAACAUACUAAAGAAGAACUAAAGUCUCUUCAAGGAAAAGAUGAAGAUAAAGAUGAAGAUGAAAAGGAAAAGGCUGCAUGUUCUUCUGCCAUGGAAGAAGAUGUUGUGGCCCCGUCAUCGUCGUCGUCAUCAUCAUCAUCAAGAAUAGGUGAUAAUGCACAGGGGGAUAACAACCUACAAAAAUUAGGCCUAGAUGAAGUCUCUGUAGACAUUGAUGCAGUCAGACGGGUCUACAAUAGAUUACUUUCUAAUGAAAAAAUAGAAACUGCCUUUUUAAAUGCACUUGUGUACUUGUCACCCAAUGUGGAAUGUGACUUGACUUACCAUAAUGUGUACUCUCGAGAUCCUAACUAUCUCAACUUGUUUAUUAUUGUUAUGGAAAAUGGUAACCUUCAUAGUCCUGAGUACCUGGAAAUGGCAUUGCCAUUGUUUUGUAAAGCGAUGAGUAAGUUACCCCUUGCAGCUCAAGCAAAACUGGUCAGAUUGUGGUCAAAGUACAGUGCAGACCAGAUUCGACGAAUGAUGGAAACAUUUCAACAGCUUAUUACUUACAAAGUCAUAAGCAAUGAAUUCAACAGUCGUAAUUUAGUGAAUGAUGAUGAUGCCAUUGUUGCUGCUUCAAAGUGCUUAAAAAUGGUUUACUAUGCAAACGUAGUAGGAGGGGAUGUGGACACAGAUCACAAUGAAGAGGAAGAUGAAGAGCCUAUUCCAGAAUCCAGUGAGCUAACACUUCAAGAACUGCUAGGCGAGGAAAGAAGAAAUAAAAAAGGGCCUCGGGUAGAUCCACUGGAAACUGAACUUGGUGUAAAAACUAUAGAUUGCCGAAAACCACUUAUCCCCUUUGAAGAGUUUAUCAAUGAACCACUGAAUGAUGUUUUGGAAAUGGACAAAGAUUAUACAUUCUUCAAAGUAGAAACAGAAAACAAAUUCUCCUUUAUGACGUGCCCCUUUAUAUUGAAUGCUGUUACCAAGAACCUGGGAUUGUAUUAUGACAACAGAAUCCGUAUGUACAGUGAACGACGUAUUACGGUGCUCUACAGUUUAGUUCAAGGACAGCAGCUAAAUCCAUAUUUGCGACUCAAAGUGAGACGUGAUCACAUCAUUGAUGAUGCACUUGUGCGGUUAGAAAUGAUUGCCAUGGAAAAUCCAGCAGAUUUGAAAAAACAAUUGUAUGUGGAAUUUGAAGGAGAACAGGGAGUUGAUGAAGGAGGAGUUUCCAAAGAGUUUUUUCAGCUAGUUGUAGAGGAAAUCUUCAACCCCGAUAUUGGAAUGUUCACAUAUGAUGAAGCUACAAAAUUGUUUUGGUUUAACCCAUCCUCUUUUGAAACUGAGGGGCAGUUUACACUGAUUGGGAUUGUAUUGGGUCUGGCCAUUUAUAAUAACUGCAUUCUGGAUGUCCAUUUUCCAAUGGUGGUCUACAGGAAAUUAAUGGGCAAAAAAGGAACUUUCCGUGAUCUGGCAGACUCUCAUCCUGUUCUCUAUCAAAGCUUAAGAGAUUUGUUGCAGUAUGAAGGAAGUGUAGAAGAUGAUAUGAUGAUAACUUUCCAAAUAUCUCAUACGGAUCUUUUUGGUAAUCCAAUGAUGCAUGAUUUGAAGGAAAAUGGAGAUACAAUCCCUAUUACAAAUGAGAACAGAAAGGAAUUUGUCAAUUUGUAUUCUGACUACAUUCUCAACAAAUCAGUAGAGAAGCAAUUCAAGGCCUUUCGGAGAGGAUUCCACAUGGUAACCAACGAGUCUCCCCUAAAAUAUUUAUUUCGACCUGAGGAGAUUGAAUUGCUUAUUUGCGGAAGUAGGAAUCUAGACUUUCAAGCCCUAGAAGAAACUACAGAGUAUGAUGGUGGCUAUACCAGAGAUUCUCUUAUUAUUAGAGAAUUUUGGGAAAUUGUCCACGCAUUUACAGAUGAGCAAAAAAGACUGUUCCUUCAGUUUACAACAGGCACAGACAGAGCACCAGUAGGAGGACUUGGAAAACUAAAGAUGAUUAUAGCCAAAAAUGGCCCUGACACAGAACGGUUACCCACAUCUCAUACAUGCUUUAAUGUCCUCUUGCUACCGGAGUACUCCAGUAAAGAAAAACUUAAGGAGAGAUUGUUGAAGGCCAUCACGUAUGCCAAAGGAUUUGGCAUGCUAUAAUGAAAUCAAUAAAAUAACAAAAGGGAUAAAUAAAUUGGUGGUGAUGGUGUCCCUGUCCAAAAAUAAACAAAAAGAAUAAAAGAAUACCCCACAAAGGCCAUAAGAUAAUAGUGAGCUACCGUAGUCACCUGUGUUUGUGCCUCCCUUCUUCACUUGGGGACUUUGGGCUGGAACAGCAGAUUUCAGCUGCUUCUAUGAACAAAUUAUUUUCUUUUAGUGUGAAAGUGUUACAUAUUCUUUCACUUGUAUGUACAGAGAGGUUUUCCUGAAUAUUUAUUUUAAAGGGUUAAAUCACUUUGCUUGUGUUUAUUACUGCUUGAAGUUGAGCCUUUUUGAGUAUUUACCAGAAAACGAAACUGUACUCUCCCAAGGAAAAUAUUGCCAUCAUUUGUAGAUUGUGUAAUCUUUACGUAUGUGCUACAUUUUUGUCCCAGUUAUCGAAUCAAAAUCAGGAACUGUACUUUUUUGAACAGUUUUGCUUUUGAAACUUGAAUUCUUGGGAAGCAAAAUGGUGUGAUGCAAUGACUGCUGUUCUAGCCCCCAAAGAAAUUUAUGGAAAGUCUUUUGAAUCAAUAAAGAUGGAAGGGAGAACUUGGAAUGUUAAACUGCAGCCUUUGAGAACUUUACUUUAGUCACAGCACAACAAUUAAAAAAACUCAUUUCACUAUACAUGUCGUCUUUCACAUGUCUUGUCUUGUGGCAUACCGUGUUUUUAAUUUAGCAGGGAUUUUUAGCUGUGUGGAAGUAUACAUGUGGGAUUAUUUUCUUUUUUUAAAAAAGUUUACUGGGAAAGGUGCAUUUUCAGCCAAACUACAUUAGAAUAGAAUGAAUUGUAUUGUGAGAGAAAUCAAAACAGUGGGUCUAUCAGCAAGCAUGUAAGUAAAGUGCACUUAAAAUGACAUUUUAAUUGCCUAAUAUGUUGACAUUUUAAAUAGACAAUCUAGUCUUCCCUGCAGUCUUAACUAUUUGUUUCUAUUAUCAAGGCAUACGAUCAGUGCUGUAGCAAAGGAAUGCCUUUUUCCACUCCUCUUCUAGCAAUAGGAGGAAAAUAAUUGAACAUUUUAAGAACAAGUUUGCAUUGUAAUGCUCCCAAAUAUUCAUUGUAUGUGUAGAACGUAUAUCCUUAGAUCACUUCCAUGAUCUUUUUACAUCACACACCAUAAGUUUGGAAUGUAUAUCUUGAUCCCGCGCAAGGAGGGGGGGAUCCCUCAUCGUCUGACAGACUGUCCCCGCACUCUGGUAAUCGCUGCUGUUACAAUAAGAAAUAAAGGAACUGUACAUUUUUAACCUAAACAAUGUAAUUGGCAUACCUCUCCUUACUGUGACAACUGAUGUGCAGAACUGAGCUUGUGCCUUGGUGAUUGCUAGGUCUGGUUUGUACAUAGCAAAAUCAGCAUGAUGUGGGCAAAAUUGGUUCUUAUUCAAAAGGCAAAAUUUUUACAUCACUGAAGGGAGAAUCUAUGUCUUUCAGGAUGACUUUAUUAAAUUCUUUUUGGUAAUAGAAAUAGGCAUCUGUUAUGUAACUGUAAUGCUAAAUAAAGCAUUGAUGGUUUUCCACCAUG